AUGGUAUUGCUUUUGGAUGAAAAAUACUCACCAAAUGAUUGUUAUAAUUACACAUCAUCAACGUCAACGUCAAAAUUAACGUUAACAUCAACAACAUCAUCAUCGUCAUCAUCAUCAUCAUCGUCAUCAUCAUGUUCAUCAUCAGAGUAUGAUGGUGAUGAAUACGAUAGUGAUUUUUCACCACGUACAUUACUGACAAUGGCAAUUCAACGACGUCGUAUUAUUUACAACAGUAAAGAGCGUGAUCUAAGACGAGAAUUGCUGCAUACAAGUUUCAUUCAAUCGUUAUGUAAAUACCUUGGUGAACGUCGUGCGAAACGACACCAACAACGACGUGCUGCCAAACGUCAUCGUAGGAGGAACAGUCGGGAAAGUCGGAAACGUGAGUACUCGUCGUCGUCCUGCGGGUCGGAAUCUAAUUUUGGAGUUAAAUCCCACCCUGAGAUCAUCGUGGAUGAUUUCUCGGAAUGUUUGGAAUUGCCUGCUAGUGAGCCAGAAAAUGGAGGUGGAGGUGGAGACGGUGGAACAGUACAGUUUGGUGGUUAUAACGACAAUUUAUACAGUUUAUUGCAACAAGAUAACUGUGUUCAGUUGCCUUUGUCGAAUGUUAUGGAAGCUGAGAGCACAAUGAUUGAAGCACCACCACCACCGCCGCCGGUCUGUUUCAAGAAAGCGCGAUAUAGUCAGUCGGAUGCGGAUCCGUUUGGCUUAGAUGCAUUAUUCGAUGAAUUAUAUGGCAAAACAGUUGUUGCGUCAGGGUAUAAAGACAAUGAACAGGAAACGAGAAAUGUUGCACAUGAAACAGCUAUUUCAGUUGGAUAA